ACUUGAGCCACCUCUUGAACGAGGCAACUGGGAGAUGAGCUUUUUGAAGGUUGCUGCUUUAUGGGUGAGCGCUGCCAAAGCACUGGAUGAGUGUGGGUGAGAAACCACUUAGUACAAUUUAUGCGAAGUGGAAGAAGGGCACCCGAUCCACUUGACCAUUGCUUUCUUUCUUUCUCGCUUGCUGGCUUUCUUUUCUCUCCCGAUGUUUUUUUUUCCCUUUCUUUUAUCUCAAGAUACUUGUUUUUUUUUUUUUCAGAGGCAACUCCAAAGACAACUUCAAGAGUGAUCCUAGACGUGUAUCAGGCAUGCCACGCGAUAAAGAAUUUGAACAACGAAAACAUGAUACUAUCGAUGAAUUUAUUAUGGCCCUACAUCUAAGUAUAACCUAGCCAUUGACAGGCUAUCUGCCACGCGACCGUGCG